AUGGCCAACAUCGAUAGCGAAAAAGUCAAAUCACUUUUAGAUCAAUUGGAAGCAGCCAAGUACGUCGACGAAAUUUUCGAUAUCGCCGAUGAAUUCGACUGGGACAUCGAUGAUAGUAAAAUCGAACCAUUGAGGAGACAAGCUAUACAGAACACACUCAAACUGCUGCCUAAUGAAAAUCAAAAUACAUAUCAAGAUGAAAUUGAAAAAUUAAGUCGUAUCAGUGUUGAUGACAAUACGGCAAGAAGCAAAAUAAAAAUUCUUCAUGAAAGUGUUGAACGCCUGGUAAAGAUAAGUAAUGAAUCGUCUCUAAUACAUCAACGGGAAGAAUAUGAAAAAAAUCUUAAGCGAAGUGAUAAUCAUUCCACGCUAGAAGAUUUUAAAUAUCCAGUUCUAGUUACGGGUGAAACUAGUGCUGGAAAAUCCUCUUUGCUGAAUUAUCUACUUGGUAUAGAGUUAUUGUCAACUCAUACACUAAGUUGUACUAAUAAAAUAUGUGAAAUCAGAUAUGGUGAGAUGCCAAAAAUUGACAUAAUCAAUGCUGACAGUGGUGAUAAAAUCAGUACUAAUAGUUGGCCGCUAGAUAGUAAAGAUUCUGCCAUAAAAGAAAUUCGGUCAUUAACCACGGAUGAAGGUCUUUUUGGGCACCUUAAUAAGGCUAGUGGAAUGAAAGAAGGUGAAGAUCCAUCCAAUCAGCCAUUGAUAUUGGAUGAAGAUGUUUCCCAAUACUCUAGUGAGAAUCAUGAAGUAAGACCAGGUGAAGACCCAUUGACCCAUACGUCGAUGCUAGAUUGUCUUUCCCGACACCCUAAGCAAGAAAAUAACAUAACAGCGCAUAAAGACUCUCAAGAUCAGUUAUCAACACCAGAAAACUGCUUCCAAAACACUAACACAGACAACGAAAAGAAAGUAAGAAGAGACUCAUCAAAUCAGUCGGUAACAUCGGAGGAAAACCUUUAUCGAUCCCUGCACGAGGACUUUGAAGCGGUGGCAAGAAAAUUACCAUUCAAUCAGUCAGUAAUCUCUGAUGAAGACCUUUACCAACGAUCUAAUAUGGGUAAUGAGAUGAUGUUAAGUGAAUCCUCAUCUAGUUUGACGUUUAUAUCGGAAGAUCCUUUGCAACAUUCUGACGAGGAUGACGAAAUGAUAGAAAGUAAAAGCAAGCCUAAUAUACUAAUUAGAAUACAUUGGCCGUCUAAAUUCCUUAAGGGUGGCAUGCAAAUUGUUGACAGCCCAGGGAUUGGCGAGAAAGAGAAUAUACCAAAGGUCUUGAAAAAGUACAUUUACAAGGCGGUUGCCUACGUUAUUGUUAUCGAUUCUGGUAAUGCUGGAGGGAUACAGGAGGGAAGGCUUCAAAACUUACUACAAGAAAUAUCCGGUGUACUGGGAAAGGAUGGCUAUUCGAGUUUUGAGUCUUCAAUGGCUGUAUUUGUUUGUAACAAAUGGGACACCGUACCGUUUUCGGAAAGAGAAGAAGUGAAAAAUGAUAGUUUAAGAAAACUGAAACGCUGCUGGCCUACUAUGGUGGAAUCUCAAGUAAUAUUCUUAUCAACUAAAAUAUUGUUGGAGGCUAGAGCUUACAAUCCCGAUGCUUUAAUAUUACCGGAAGCUCAUCGAUUAUUUGAUAAGCUUAUUGAGUUGAUUCCUAUUAGUCGUAAACGGAAACUUUUCAGAUUUUACAGGUGUAUGAUAAAAUUCGUUGAAGAAGUUCAGGAAACAUGUUGGUGCUAUCUUCUGAAAGCAAAUUCAGAAGAUUAUCGAAAACAAAUCUGUGAAGACCAAGCAAAGGAAUAUCAGCUACUACAAAAAACACAUGACUUAUUUAAAACACUAGAAGCAGAUAAAAAUAAAUUAAUUGAUGAUGCAAUAACGAAAUAUCUAAACUUACUUAAGUGUCUGAAUUUUAAAUCUAUUGCUAAAUGGUCUGAAAAGGACCUCGCAGAUAAAGAAUUUGAAGAAGAUAAUCUAAGGAUACUACAAGAACAUGCCGCUAAAAAAAUUAGAAAUCGAUUAAAUACCCAUCUGCAAUCUAUUGGUGAAACGAUACAUAAUGAUCUUUGGAGCAAGAACGAUUCACUAAUAGAAGAAUUCAAUGUUAAACUAGAUGAAAUCUUUCAUUUAGUAGUACCUAACUCAAUUGAAUCUACUAAUUCCUUUAAGCACAGAUACAGGAGCAGUUUUGACUUGGAUGAAAGAGUAGGAUACUCAAACUUUUCAGAAUUACAUGGAUUUUAUGAUUUAUGGGCUGACAUCGAUGCAAAGAAAAGAACUGUUGUAAUCCUUACUAGUCCAGUAUGGGUGGCUCCAGUAGUCAUAGCUAGUUCAAUUAAUCAACUUGCGAAAUCAUUCAGACGUAAACAUAAACAAGAAGAGAUUCAGACAUAUAAAAAAAAAUUGGCAGAAGAAAUGAGAAUGAAGACAUUGGAAUAUCUUGAGGAUAUUAGCUCGGAAGAGUUUGCCAGAAAAUUUAUCUUUGAAAAAAUCAAUUCAUUUACCAAUACCGUAAUAGAAAAUGUUAAAAUAUCUAUAUCCAGAUCAUUAAAUUCUAGAAUUAAGGCCGCCAAAAUUGUUUUAGAGGAUAAAUGCACGCCUAGAGAAAUCAAUAAAAUAUAUCGACCGAUUGAAAAAGUAGCAGAAAAACUGCAUUCCCAGUUACGUGAUUUCUAUUCGAAGGAGCUAGCUGUAUCAUCAGUCAAAUUCAAUAAUCUACGUGGAUAUGAUGAAAAAUCUACUGCGAUAUCCUUAGGAUUAAAGGUCAAUUUAUAUCGGGCAAGUAUCUAUAUAAGCGGUAAAGAAAUUAAGGUCAUUAUCCAAGUUCCGGUAAAGAAGUCUAUGCGUGAAAUGCAUGACUUUACUAAUAAUUGCAACACCAUUAUGGCUAGAUCUCUAGAAUCGACAAGUAUCGCAAAAUUUCUAGGUAUUUGCCAUUCUCCGAACGUAACAGCUAUUGGAAUUUUCGAAAAUUCUCUUUUUACACUCGAAGACUUAAUUCUAUAUGACCAAACCCUUAUUGCCGAAGCUGAUAUGAAUAUUAUUCGCCAAAAUGAUCCAGAUGUAAUACGAUUAAUGAAGAUUUUUUCCAUGGUUUAUCAAAUCAUAGAAGGGAUCAAAUUCUUACAUGAAAACGAACUGAUUCAUGCUCAUUUGACGCUUGGGAAUAUUUUGGUUUACUUCCAAGCAGAUCGACUCAAAUUAAAGCUAUGUCAUCUCAUGAAAAAUUGUGUAAUUGAUCCAAAGAUUGAUUUUGAAAAGUCCAUACUCCAUUAUUUGGCACCUGAAGUUUUGAAAGAUCGUAAAUGUUUACAAGCUUCAGAUAUUUACAGCUUCGCAGUAUUAUUCUGGGAAAUUUGGCAUUGGAAAUCGAUACCAGAAUUGUUUAGCUGGAAUAUCAAUACUGAUCCUGGUGAAAAAGUAAAGGAUUUAUUUGAAACAAACACACUUAUUCCUAAGCUUCAUAAAGAUUUGUACAGUAUUUGCUUUGAUUCCUUUGCUGUUAAUCCUAAAGAAAGACCGGAUAUUUUUUCUUGGUAUGAUACGUUUCAAAUGCUAGAGAGUACAGUUAACUGCAGAUAA